AUAUGAGUAUAAUUAGGUAAGAGGGUAGAACCAAUUCUCGGCGACAGAUUAAUGUAUACCUACCUAUCAUCGCUCUCUUUCAAUAAAUGGUUGUUACCAAGUGGACGCGUCUUGUGCUUUCUCUCCCUUCUAGAAGUUCCUAGAUAGCCAGUACAUCCUAAAAUACUUCAGUGGCGACGAAAUCGAACUGUAAACGCGUGUGAAACGUUUUUUUUAGUGGACGAUAGUGAAUAUCGCAGUGACAAUGUCGGUCGGUAAAAUUGGUACUUUCGAUGUGCAUAAGGAUAACUGGGACUUGUAUGCGGAGCGCUUGGGCCAAUUUUUUUUAGCGAACGACGUUAAACCGACAGUGCAACUAGCAACUUUAAUCACCGUCAUGGGUAGUGACGCGUACGAACUCAUGGCAAAAUUAUGUUCACCGGACAAACCGUCGACAAAAAAAUACGAUGACCUUGUGGCACUUAUGAAGAAGCACCUACAACCUACACGGAGUACCAUGGCCGAACGAUAUAAGUUUCGUCAGAGGACACAAAGAAGUGACGAAUCCAUUGCGGAAUAUACUGCGGAGCUAAAAAAGUUGACGAGAGAUUGUGAUUUUCAAGAAGCCAGUUUAAAAGAUAAUUUACGAGACCAAUUCGUGUGUGGUAUCCGUAAUGAUAGCAUUCGGCAAAAGUUAUUUACGGAAGAUAACCUAACAUUUGAAAGAGCAUUCAAAAUGGCGGUGGCAAUGGAAGCUGCGGAAAGUCAUGCGGCGCUGGUACAGGACCGGUCUAUAACAGAGGAGGGAGUAUCAUCGUCCAUGACGGCAACAGCAGUGCAUCAGCUGGCCGCGGUGAAGAGGGACAAGCGGCAGUCGGCGGAGGCGGCCAGUGCAGAGCGUUAUGGACCGCGCGGUCCAAAGGUCACGCAGGGCGACGGGACAAAGGGCGCUAUGGGCACGGGCGCGGGCAAGCGACGAGCCGUGAGGAGCAGUGCGGACUGGAAGGGAGGACAGACGCAGCAAUGUUCGGCGUGCGGAGGGCAGCACGGGCAGAGCUCGUGUAAAUUUAAGGCCUACGUUUGCAGAGUAUGUAACAAAGAAGGGCAUCUUAAGAGAAUGUGUCCGAAUUUGAGAAAAAACGUCGCAUUUCAUGCCAUGUUAGAAGAGCGGGCAGUCUACGAGUGUUCAGACAGUGACAGUAACGGCAGUGAAGAGGUAAAUAACUUUUCUAUAGAUGCUAAAACGUUGAAGAAGUAUGGACCCUACAUGGUGCAAUUACGAGUCAACAAUGUAAAUCUAGUUAUGGAAGUAGAUACGGGCAGUGCGAUAUCUUGUAUUAGCUAUGAUUGUUAUAAUCAAUUAUUUUCUGAGUGUCCGUUAAAAGCUAGCGAUUUGAAUUUAUGUUAUUAUACGGACAUUCAUGUCAAACCCGUAGGUAAAAUUUUACCUUCGGUACAAUAUAAUAAAAAAUGUAAAGAGUUAGAUUUGUAUGUCAUGGUUAACGGCAAAACGAGUUUACUCGGCAGACAGUGGAUAAAAGAAUUAGGAAUUCUGCCUGACUUAAUAAAAUCCAUAGAUUGUAAUAAUAUCAGUCCGUAACAUAUUUUUGACAUAAACGAUUUCAGUUCCAGAUAUUGUGAAGUGUUUGAAGACGGCUUGGGGAGGUUUACCGGCGGACCGGUGGGGUUCCGGCUGCGCGUGGGCGCGGCGCCCGUGUUCCUGCGCGCGCGACCGCUGGCGUACGCGCUGCGCGAGCCGGUGGAGCGCGCGCUCGAUCAGCUGGUGGCGGACGGUGUGAUCACUCCGGUAAACUCGUC